AUGACUUCCAAAGCACCGCCGCCGCCGCCCAUCAACUCCUGGGAGACCCGGGCCCUAGACUACCAGUUUCCCGGCCAGACACAGCCAGGCCCCGAGGAGGUCGGUCCCCAAGCCGCACGGCGGCAGAUCCAGGAUCCCUUGGUAUUCCCGGGUCUUUACUCCGCCAGCGGAUUCGACAUGAUGAGCAUUCUCUUGCGAGUCAGGAGUCGGCCAAACCCUCAGAUCGAGCUGGGUGCCAUCGAUUGCUCCGUCUCUCUUGUCCUUUGUGAUCUCGAGCUCCCGGACACGCCCAUCGUCUAUACGUCAGACUCCUUUUGUGAGCUGACCGGUUAUUCGAAGGCCGAAGUGCUCGGCCUCAAUUGUCGAUUCCUGCAAACCCCCCCGGCCAACCAAACCUCGGCCACGAGACCAGAAGCAAACGAAAACAAAGCCGUUGCCCAGCAGAUCCGCCAGGCCGUCGAAGCACGCAGAGAAAUCCAGGUAGAGCUGGUCAACUACAAAAAGAGCGGCGAGCGCUUCAACAACGUCCUGAGCGUCGUCCCCGUCGAAAUGGACGUUGCCGGCUAUUACUACGCCGUUGGCUUCCAGGUUCAGAUCGACUGA